AGAUUAUGAAAGUAAACACACUUUCAGAAUUUAUGGUGAUGAUAAUUAUGCUAUAAAUAAUACAGAAUCAGAGGAGUUCAGCUCUGAAUCUGACUAUAAUCCAAAGUUGAGAUCAGAGAUCAGAGGUGAAGAAUCAAUAGUGGAUUACUAUUUAAAGGCAAAGAAAUAUAAUGAUAUCAUCAAACUUUGUAAAGGUCAUUUUAGAAGUGAAUUUUAUAGUGGAUUAAUGCAAGAAAAUAUGAGACGUAUUACAAAAAAUGAUUAUUAUUGUGAAUUGGUAGAAAUUCUUAUUCAGGCGAAAAAAGAAUCAGUGACCGGUAUUAUAACUGGGAUUAAAGAUUAUAUCAGUCAGUCUGGCAUUGCUAAUCUGAAUGGGAUGCAAUACUAA